AUGGGCGCCUGUGCGGGCAAACACCAACACCUCAAGCGUGAGGCGCACGACAAGUACCUCCCGGUGCCCAUCAAAAACCACAACAACAACACCAAUGACUUGAUCGUUAAGUUUCGCGAAUCGCAAAACUUGGACAACAAAAACAUCCCAAGAAUAUACCGCUUAUCAUACCUGAGCCGUGACUUUGAUCCCCGAUCCUUUGACUUUAGCGAUGAACUAUGCGUUCAUAUCCUAAGCUACCUGUCCCUUGAGGAUCGCCUGCGCCUGGAGUCCGUAUGCCAACAGUGGCAGCGAUUAAUCUACCGGAGCGUGCGUACCCUUGACUAUCCCCUCCCGAGUAGGCUAUACUCGCAUUUAGAUGGGAACUACAUGUCGGACAAGCACUGGCUAUACGUGUCGAGACAGGUGCUCCGAAAGUGUCACUUUUUGACCAAGGUUAGGUUGUUGGAUACGUGCGAUACAGAUGUGCUUGCUGUUUUGGCUAAGAAUUGUCACUGGUUAGAGUCGAUUGAGUGGAGGUUCCAUAAUUUGCUACCUGUGCGCCGGGAGGUGUUGAGUAAACUGUGCGAUAAUUGUGGUAAUAGUUUGACUUGUAUCAAGGUAAAAGAACUGGAUGAACAGGCGUUUAAUUCAGAGUCGGGUCUAUCGGUGCUCAUCGUCUACAGUGAAUACCUGCUAAACAUCCGCACCGUUAGUGUUGCCAUCGAUUCCGAUAAAUGUCUCAAAUAUUUCCAACUCUUCGCCGACAUCUAUAACCAAAGGAUAACAUCACUGGAAAUACGGCUCAAAUUCAGCACAUUUUACACACAACUGGAGGACACCUUUGCAUCCAUAGCACAGUUCCUAAACCUUCAGUCCCUCACCAUAACCCUGGAGUCGGAGUACCCCCUGGACAUGGAGCUCAGCGCAGGGGCCUCACUAUUAGCUCAUUGCUGUCCAAACCUAACGGCUCUGACCCUUGAACUCCGGGAUCACAUACGAUGCACAUCCGGGUCGGUACUGGAAAGCCUACAGCCGUUUCGAUCCCUAACCUCCCUGUCCGUUCGGAUCCGCUCCCCAGACAUUGAAUUGGGUUCA